AUGGAGCCGAUUCCAAAACUUCUAGCUGGACUUAUUCUGCUGACUCUGUGUGUGGUGGGCUGCUCCAGCCAGCACUGGUCCUACGGGUUGCGCCCCGGAGGAAAGAGAAAUGCUGAAAAUGUGCUUGAUUCUUUCCAAGAGACAGCCAAAGAGGUUGAUCAACCAGCAGAACCUCAGCACUUUGAGUGCACCAUACACCAGCGCCGUUCUCCACUCAGGGACCUGAAAGGAGCUCUGGAAAGUCUGAUCGAAGAGGAAACUGGGCAGAAGAUGUAA